AUGUCUUCAUAUCCUCCCGGCGUCACGCCGGGCACUGACAUGCGCUAUCCACCACCAAACGGCGCCCCACAAAGCAAACGUGCCAAAUUCGCCGAAAUGCUCAUCUCAGCCCUUCGCUUCUUCCAAUUCGUCUUCGGUCUCACCGUCAUCGGGUUAUACGGCAAAGACGUCCACCACGACCACGAAGAUAAGCACGAGUGGAACUCGAAAUGGGUCUAUGCCGUCAUCACCGCGUUCCUGGCUACCAGUACCGCAAUCGUGCACAUGGUUAUUCCGUUCUUGAUGCGUCGCACGUCUCGUGGGGCAUCAAGCCCGUCCAAUCCUGCGCUCCAGGUGUCGCAGUUUGUGUGGGAGUUUGUCCUUUGUAUCCUCUGGUUGACCCUUUUCGGGAUCUUCGGGAAAUUGUAUAUCGGUGUUCAUGCGGAUGGGGAUUCGAAGAAGCAAGAGUCUGAUUUGGGCGAUGCGUCAAAGAUUAAUCGGAUGAGGCAUGCAUGUUGGAUUGAUUUGAUCAACUUGCUUAUGUGGGUGGCUACUUCUUCUUGGAUUCUGCUUAAGUGGUUGAAGGCGAGGAGGGACGGUGGUGCUGCUACUGUUGUUGAUUCUGAGAAGGAGGGUGAGGGGGCUUCUUUCUAG